UAUAGCCCUUCGUGUCGUGCUUUGCCUAUCUCGCACGCAUCGUCGAACCCAAAAAAAUGGAAAACAGAACCAUACAAGAAGAAAACAAAUCAUCACCAACAUGCGAAAACCUUCCUUCACUCCUCUCUUCGUUCGUCGACACCUUUGUUGACUUCUCGGUCAGCGGCCUCUUCUUACCCCAACAGAAACAAGACCAAACUCCUCAAAAACCCCUUCAAACUCAUUACCCCUCCGCCGACCGUCUCGUUGCCAUCGGCGAUCUCCAUGGCGAUCUCGAGAAAUCCAAGCAAGCCCUCCGUCUCGCCGGUCUUAUUGAUGGGUCCGAUCGUUGGUCUGGUGGGUCUACGACCGUUGUUCAGAUUGGUGACGUGCUUGACCGUGGUGGGGAGGAGCUCAAGAUCCUUUAUUUCUUGGAGAAGUUGAAGCAUGAAGCUGUUAAAAGUGGUGGGCAGUUGAUAACUUUGAACGGUAAUCAUGAGAUAAUGAAUGUGGAAGGUGAUUUCCGUUAUGUAACUGGAAAGGGUUUAGAGGAAUUCAAUGUUUGGGCUUAUUGGUAUGGUGUUGGGAACAAAAUGAAGAGUUUGUGUCAUGGCUUGGAAAAACCCGAGGACCCUUUUAAUGGGAUUCCUUUAUCUUUUCGUGGUGUGCCUGAAAUGUUCUCUCAUAGCAUUAGAGCCAGAAUAGCUGCAUUGAGACCCGAUGGUCCAAUUGCUCGUCGAUUCUUAGCUAAUAAUGUGACUGUUUUGGUUGUUGGAGAUUCUGUUUUCGUGCACGGAGGGCUUUUAGAGAAACAUGUGGAUUAUGGGUUGGAGAGGAUAAAUGAGGAGGUGAGGGAUUGGAUUAAUGGAUUGAUGGGGAGGCGUGCACCAGGAUCUUGUAAAGGGAGCAAUGCUGUGGUUUGGUUGAGGAAAUUUUCAAAUGGAUUGGCAAAGAAUUGUGAUUGUUCACUUCUAGAACAUGUCCUAGCUACAAUUCCUGGUGCAAAGAGGAUGAUUAUGGGUCACACAAUUCAAGAGAUUGGAAUCAAUGGUGCUUGUGAUAAUAGAGCAAUAAGGAUUGAUGUUGGAAUGUCGAAAGGGUGCAUUAAUGGGUUGCCUGAAGUUUUGGAGAUUAAUAGGAAUUCAGAGUUGAGGGUGUUGACUUCGAAUCCACUGUAUCAGAACAAGAACAAAACUUAUGCAGAUGCUGCAAGGAAAGAAGGGCUUGGAUUGUUGAUACCAGAACAUGGGCCAAAACAAGUCGAAGUGAAAGCUUAACAGUUUUGAGCAUCUAAACUACUGAAGGCUGUUGCCUUAUAACUACUGCACUUAUAUUCUGUUGCUGGUAGCCAAGUAGCAAAUGAUUAAUCAUUGGAUGCGCAUUUGAUGUGCACUUGAAUUGCAAUCUUUGCUUAUACAGUCAUUGAUAUAGUAAUUUCAUAAUUUGUUUGACUUUAUGUUGUCUCUAGUGUUUAGACAUAGAGAAAAGUUUCUCUGCUUAUGAUUCACUGAGACAUGACCUGUUCCUUGUAUUGGAAUAUGUGAAGUUAAAACUUCUCCACUUAUGUUAAUUUUGUUCUGCCAUAGUGCAUUUUCAUACUA